UGAAGCAAAGUGUCUGCGUUUAUGUGCGCAGGAGACUAUUACUUGGAUAGCUGCAAAAUCUAGAUGGAAGUUUUGCUUCUCCUACCUCCAGGACUGCAUUGUAUGACUCUAAGACAAUGAUUCCUGAGCUUUCAACAUAGCAGACUACCCAGAUACAGAGGGAGCGACAGCAAGCAGGAUGCUCUUCCCUACAUCCCAUGAUCCAUCCCCUCGUGGCCUUCCUGACACAAACGACUUGUGCCUUGGUCUGCAGUCUCUCAGCCUGACUGGUUGGGACAGACCGUGGAGCACUCAGGACUGUGAUAUUUCUGGGCAGUCUAGCACACCGUCAGCAGCCCAGUCAGUUUUCAACCUACUCAACAACCCUCUAGGAAAACCACCACCUCUUGGCUUCCUGCCUCUGGAUCCUAUUGGCUCAGACUUGGUAGAAAAAUACUCCUCCCCCCUACUUCGUGGCUCACGAUUGGACAGCCGUUCAUUUUUAGACUCCCGCUCUAGCAGCCCCUCAGAUUCAGAUACAAGUGGAUUCAGCUCUGGCUCAGAUCACCUUUCUGACCUGAUUUCUAGUCUGCGGAUUUCUCCCCCUCUACCAUUCCUACCCUUGGGAGGUGUAUCUCGAGACCCAUUGAAGUUGGGCAUUGGCUCAAGGCUGGAUCCAGACCAUGCUGCUUUAGCAGCAGCAACAGCUUCCCCCAUGGGGAUGUCUAAAAGAUGGCCGGGUGCUUCUGUCUGGCCAUCCUGGGACCUUUUAGAAUCGGCAGAAGACCCAUUUAGCAUUGAAAGGGAAGCUCGACUGCAUAGACAGGCUGCAGCUGUAAAUGAAGCAACUUGCACAUGGAGUGGUCAGCUGCCACCUCGCAACUACAAGAAUCCGGUUUAUUCUUGCAAGGUGUUUCUUGGUGGCGUUCCCUGGGAUAUCACGGAGACUGGCCUGAUAAACACAUUCCGUGUGUUUGGUGCUCUGAGUGUUGAGUGGCCUGGUAAGGAUGGAAAGCAUCCACGUUGUCCUCCUAAAGGUAAUAUGCCUAAAGGCUACGUGUAUCUGGUUUUUGAGUCUGAGAAGUCAGUGCGUGCAUUACUCCAGGCCUGCACACAGGAUUUGCUAAAUCAGGAUGGACUGAGUGAACACUACUUCAAAAUGUCAAGUCGCAGAAUGCGCUGCAAGGAGGUGCAGGUCAUUCCUUGGGUGCUGGCAGACAGCAACUUUGUGCGCAGUCCAUCACAGCGUCUGGAUCCCAGUAAGACUGUAUUUGUUGGUGCUUUGCAUGGCAUGCUAAAUGCUGAAGCCCUUGCCUCAAUAAUGAAUGACCUUUUCGGUGGAGUGGUCUAUGCUGGCAUUGAUACUGAUAAGCACAAGUACCCAAUUGGUUCUGGGCGUGUCACUUUCAACAACCAGCGCAGUUACCUAAAAGCUGUGAGUGCAGCUUUUGUGGAAAUAAAAACUGCCAAGUUUACCAAGAAGGUUCAGAUUGACCCUUACCUUGAGGAUUCAGUGUGCCAGGCUUGCAAUUCCCAGCCUGGUCCAUUUUUCUGCAGAGAUCAGGUUUGCUUCAAAUAUUUCUGCCGUUCCUGCUGGCACUGGCAGCACUCAAUGGAGAUCCUGCGUCAUCACCGCCCACUCAUGCGUAACCAGAAGAGCCGUGAUUCCAGCUAAUGUUGCCAAUAGGAAUAUGCUUCAGAGCAAAUUUGCUGAAGAGAUGAUGGGUCCUGUGCCCCUCUAGGCAGCACAUGGAGCACUUUUACUUUUUGUUGACAGAAGUCAGUGGAUGGUGGGUGAAGUCACGUGGUACGGUUUUGGCACUUGCUGUACAUUGUAAUGGUUUUUGCACUUGUGCACAGUGAGUUCUUGCCAGGGAUAGUGGAUUUUUUUCUUUUUUAUGGUUAUGGAGGUACAUAUAUUGCCUCCCAAUGUUUUGCAGUUCCCAUUCUGGUCUAUCACUUGCUGAGUGUAAGCAGUGUGUGGACAGUCUGAAGGUUUGACUAUUAAUGCCUCAGUCUUGUGUUUUUGUUUUUUUGUUUUUUUUUAUUGCUGGAGCUUCUUGUUUUACAUUCCUUGCAAAUACUGCGGGUGAUGUGUAUUCAUUGACAGUUGCCCAAUUUUUUGCCGUUGCCAUACAGUGCCUUCCGAUACCUUUCAAUUUCUUUAAUGUCCCAUCUGAACUGCAUAAACUGGUUGUUCAGUUGGCAUUUUUACUGGAACAACAAUGGCAGUAUCUGCUCUUUAUUUAAAUCAAAUCAUAUUUCAUAUUUUACCCUCCUUAUGGGAUUUUUACCAGUUCCUUUUUACAGUCUUAGAGUUUUUAAGUAAUUUUUUUUUCCUGGCAGCUUUUAACAUUAAUGCAACUUUUCUGUUUCUGGGAGCUGCUAGUUUAAGAGAAUAAACCUAAAAUAUUUGUACAACUGUACUUCCAACAAAAAGGACAGACUUGAGGCCUUGGCUGAAACAGAUGAUUACCUUUUGUGUGUGUGUAUAUAGUUUUAAGGAUGUUUGUUGCACUUUUUAAUUUGCACUUCAGGGGAUGGUAGUUUUUAAUCACUUAAUGUUUGGCUGGACAGUAAAGGGCUGUAAUAUAUAUUUUCUUUUUAAGAAUGGGGUAGAGGCUAGAGAGGAGACCUUUCUCCUGGAGGGGAUGUGCCCAUGCUCUUAGGUUGAGUGGUUUGUUAUAGGAAGAAGCUGACUUAUGCAAACUGUUGCUAGCCUUUUUGAAAUGUGUCCAUGUGUUUUAUUUCUGUUCCCCCCCCUUCUGUUUGGAAGCUCCGUGCCAAAGAUUCCACUGUCUGUAACGUUCCCUCUUUCCAGUAAACGCUGAGCUAAAUCUGCACUAGCUAUUUUCUGUGAAGCUGUGUAAAGUCUCUACCUCAUUGUAGUUAUGCAAGCAGAAAAAUGCACUUGUCCUACAGAUGUGGUGUCGUUUUCUUUGUUUUUGUUUUGGCACAUAAUAAACACUUUGA